CAGCCAAUUCAGCUAAAAAGAACAGACCGUAUCUUGUAAUGUAGGAUUCACAUUGCAUCUGAUAUCCAACGUAACGUAAUAUGGAUAUAAGGGCUUGAGAAAAAUGUUGGAAAUAUGUCUUUAACCCGGCUUUUGGAGUCAUCUGAUGAAAGAAAGAAGGAAUGUGUUAAACACUGUGCGGCAUGAAUGAAUAGGUCGUUAAAAUUCUUUCUAAUAAUCCUUAGAGAAAUGCAUAGAAAAAACUGAUGGACAGAGUGCAGCUUAUCUGUAUUAUUAUAGAACCUUAUGCCUUUGGCGAAAAAAAUUAUCAUAUCAAAUGAUAAUUAAAAGUAACAUUUGGUCAUCAUACGUGUUUGUGAAGUUUUAAGUAUUUUACUAAAAAAUAAGAUGUUUUUGAAGUCCCUGAUACGUCCGUUAUGCAUGAAAAGAUGCAUUAAACUUCGGACUCACUAUCGCUGUUUUCAUAAGAUUGACAGUAAUGUAACAAAUGAUUUGGUAUCUGGAGUUUCAAUAUCUCAGGUAAAACAAAUUCUAAAGCAGAGACAGAUCACCAGUAUUGAAGGACACACAUGUAUAGUUAUAGACUGUCCUAUGUGUGAUAUAGAAAAAUCCAAAAGAGCAAAGAUUUAUAUAAAUAAGACAACAGGAUACUUCAUGUGUGAUAAAUGUAUUUCCAAAGGUACAUGGGACUUGUUAGAAAAAUUGUUGUUACUUAUAAAGUCAACCAAAUCAAGCAGUACGCAAAAGGAAUUUGAAACUUUGAAAAACAUUAUAAGAAUUCAGGAAGAUUAUACUUUGAAAUGGAACAAUAUAAAUAAGUCCAGUCAGCUCAUUGCAAAUUUAUCAUCAGAUUUAUAUCAGGAAGUUCUGCACAAGUUUUCUCUCCCAGAAAUUUCACAACAAGACAUCCUGCAGUUAAAUGGUAUAUACACAGCCACACCAGCAUUGUUGUAUUUUCCAUUAAUUGCCUUUGGCAGUAACAUUGUAGGCUACAAAACUCUUUCCAGCGAGUCAGGAUUGGAACAAACCUUACCUACUUCUGAUGUUGGUGGUUGCAUCAUUUACAAACAGAGAAACACCAGAAACGAUGGGACUGCAGUAGUUGUGCCAACGAUACACGAUUUAUUGGCGCUAGCAUCUCAGAAAGCAGCGAGUGCAAUUAUCUGUUUGCCGUACAACUUGCAGCACCUGCCGCAGCAAGUGCUACCGAGUUUGGAGGAUUUCAAGAAACUGAUUUUGUGGUUUGGAAAUGACGAUCCUAGCUGGUACACAGCUAGACAAUUUGCUAAGAAGUUAAGCGAAAAGAGAUGCUCGUUUGUGAGGCCAGUAGAUACGCAACCAAGACCAAAGCUGGCUGCUGAUAAGGGCUACAAUUUGAAAGAUAUUUUAACAAAAGCCUACCCGAUAUGGCAUAAAAGUAUUACUACUUUCGACGAUCUCAGACAAGACGUGUUGUGCGACCUGCAAAAUAUAGACAAAGUUCAAGGUGUUAAGUGGAAAAGGUAUCCCACUCUAAAUCGGAUUUUAGGAGGUCACAGGAGAGGAGAGCUCACAAUUCUUACUGGCCCAACUGGUAGUGGCAAAACUACAUUUAUGAGCGAGUAUUCGUUAGAUUUGGCGAUGCGAGGGGUUAACACACUGUGGGGUAGCUUCGAAAUCAGAAAUGCACGAUUAGCAAAAACUAUGUUGCAACAAAUGGCAGGGGUGUCUCUAGAAGUCAACCUGGACCGAUUCAACACGUAUGCGGACGCUUUCAACAAGUUGCCCGUUUAUUUCAUGGCUUUUCAUGGUCAACAGAGCAUCAAAGUUGUUAUGGAUGCAGUUCAACAUGCGACAUACGUGCACGAUAUAGCCCAUGUGAUAAUUGAUAACAUGCAGUUUAUGAUGGGCGUAUCGGAAGACACGAAAGUUAAUAGAUUUUGGAAGCAGGACAAGAUCAUAGAAGAGUUCAGAAACUUUGCUACUAAAUACAAUUGUCACGUAACUCUGGUUAUACAUCCGAGGAAGGAGAAGGAUGACGAAUUGACGAAUUCGUCUAUAUUCGGCAGUGCCAAAGCAAGUCAAGAAGCUGACAAUGUAUUGAUUAUACAAGAUAAAAGGCUUACUAAUAUCAGGGGAAAGAAGUAUUUGCAGAUCACGAAAAACAGGUAUAACGGAGAUUUAGGAAUAAUGCUGAUGGACUUCAACAAGGAUACACUCAGUUACGCAGAGAAGAAGAAGAAGUUGGAAGUAAAGAAAGCUCAUAGCGGUGAAGAAAAGCCAAAAAUCUGAGAAUUACUUGUCAAUUAGUACACACU